ACUAAUUGAUACAUAGGAUACUUCGGAUGCGGAUGUUUCUCUUUCUCUGUAAAUCCCUCGCUCCAUCGUGAGUUUCGCCGGCUGACUCCCUCUUUCUCUCUGUAAAACCCCACACACUCUCUCUCUAGAACCAGUGUACGCACCAUGGGUUUUACGCUCGAAUCCUUCACGCUUGCAAACCCUAACCCUAGCUUUAGUCCCUUCUCGAAGAGAGCUUCAAUGGCGUUGUGUCCUUCACAGACAUCUCUUCGGUGCGAAUCUCUCAUCCGACCUCCCAGAAUCUUCGUUUGUCCCAGGGGACUCGGCCUCGGUUUACUUCCUCUGCACGAGCAAGGGUUACGGAACCGGUCGGUGUUCUCCUUCGCGGCCUCGCACGAGGAAUCGAAACCUUUAGAAGUUGAAGCGGAGGAACAGAAGAGCGAUCUUCAAGCGGAAGCUAAAGAAUCACAAGAAGCAUGGAAACAGACUCUAGCCUCUUUCAAAGAACAAGCACUAAAGAUGCAGAGUGUGUCACAAGAAGCAUACGAGUUGUAUUCUAAGAAAGCAAUGGUCAUUUUAAAAGAAACCUCAGAGCAGUUGAAAAUUCAAGCAGAAAAGGCAAGGUAUGAUUUAACAGUGGUUGCAAAGGAAAUCAGCGAAGAGGGCAAAGAAUAUCUAUCCACUGCUGCUGAGAAAUCCCCUGAACCAGUGAAGGAUAUCAUUGAAACAUUCGCUUCCUCAACUGAUGAUGUCAAGGACAUUUCUAAAGUGUGUGACUUUUACAUUGGGAUACCAUAUGGUAUCCUUCUUUGUUUAAGUGGCUUUCUUUCCUUCAUGCUAACUGGAAGCAUUUCAGCUAUUAGGUUUGGUGUUGUCCUUGGUGGUGCUCUUUUGGCCUUAGGUGUCACUAGUCUGAGAUCAUGGAGAAGAAGAGAGUCAUUUCCUCUAGCCUUGAAAGGGCAAGCAG